UAUCUACCAUAGUACUUCACGUGAUGGUUAUCGAUUUAUUAAUAUCUUUGAUCAGGAUCAACUCCCAUGGGCACAUAUAUAAGUGCCGAUGCAGCGGCUCGAUGAUAACAAUCAGUUUCGAAUUCCUGUAUAUCCCCCCAUUGAUACCAAUCGCACACAAGAUGGAGAUUUUCUUGCAAAAUAUUGCUUUUGCAGUUACCCUGGAAGACUUGACCAUUGAGUUUGCGAAGAAAUUGCACAAUCCCCCGUUCCCAACUAGUCCUCUUCUCAACUUUGAAGUCCAAAUCUUCUACAAGUCACACCCGAAUGGAAAGCGAGGCAUCCUUGCUCUCCCUACGGUGGAUUCUGGCGUAACUCUCUUGCGUGCUUACGGUGACACAGGGAUUGUUGUCAAAGGCCGCAAAAUCCUCCUCCGCGAGAGCAGGCAAUCGAUCAACAAGGCCCGUAUUGAGAGGUUGAAAUCCGUUCCAUGGAGCGACCCAGUAAAGCUGCGAGAGGAGAAGGAAAGGCUUCUCCAGCAAUCGAAGCCUUUUCCGCUUCUUCGCUACUCAUUUGGGCGCUUCCUCCGGGAUGGUUCUUUUGCUUCAGAAUUUACCCUUCCUGGCAUUGCCGAUGUCUCUUGUGAUCUGGAGCGUCGGCAGGUACGCUUCACUCUCAAGGGUCAUGAUGGCGACUCGAUAUCUGCUGCAUCAUAUGCGCCACUGAAGAUCGCAGCAUUAGUGGGUAACCAGGAUGAUGAUACCCACAUUCUAUUCAUUCGCGCCGAUGCGCCCCCGGUGUUCUCCGUGGAUAAUAAUCCCGGUGGAAAUGAAGGACCUCGACGUCUGCCGGGCUUGGCGCGUCAUUACCCCAUGCCUCCCGGUAGCCACAGUCUGAUGCUGGCCUUCAGCAGCCAGUCAGACGCAGAAACCUUCAUGUAUGCAUGCCGCAAUCGUCUUCACCUGCGUUACUCGCCAGUUCCCCAUGUUCGGAUUGAUGAUCGCAUCUCUAAUAGCAACCCCAUCGAGGAACUCCACGAGUUUUUCUCCCAGAUCCCAUACGAGCUUGCGUUCCAGGUCGAAAAGACCGUUGCAAAUUUUGUUUUUAGUCCGAUAGAAAUACUUUCGCUGAAGGAGGCAAUCCUCUCGUUGCACACUGAACACGGCCCUGAUGCGCCAGAGAUUUUCGGGUCUUUUGCGUCCGAGCACGAAGGACACAGUAGGAGUCGUAAAAAAGGCCGCAAACGCCGGUCGCAGUGGCAGUCCAGCCAAGAAGAUCUAACAUCUCUUCUUGGUCGGGUGGUCCAGGAGUUUAUUAGAGAGCAUCUAAGGCCCCUUCGUCUUCUAGCUCCGCCACCACAAAGUGGGGUAUACCUAUCCUACCAUCUCAUCAUUACGCCAACACGGCACAUCUUAGAGGGACCUCUUCCAGAUCAGUCCAACAGUAUCUUACGCCGAUAUGAACAUCACGAGUGCUUCCUGCGCGUUACUUUUCAGGACGAGAAUCGAUCAAAGCUUCGUCGAGACUUAGAUUCUUCCAUUCAGGACCUUCUAAAGGAGCGAUAUCGCCCCAUUCUGCUCAAUGGAUAUCGCGUCGCCGGACGUCAAUUCCAAUUCUUGGGAUACUCAAUGAGCGGUCUGCGAGAACAUUCAGUGUGGUUCAUGACACCGUUCGAAGAUGAGAAUGGGAUGCAACUGGGUCCAGAAUCGAUCCGGAAUAACCUGGGCGAUUUCUCCAAACUUUACAAACAACCGGCUCGUUUGGCUGCAAGAUGGUCCCAAGCCUUUUCUGGCACUGAUCCGUCGAUCACCCUUCUUUCCGAAGAAAUCGAUUUUCAUUGUCCCGACAGACUCUCGCCUUCUGACAAUGUUAUGACAGACGGGUGCAGUUCCAUAUCCGUCGAGCUUGCAAAGGAUAUAUGGAGGUCUUUGCAGAAGGGCAAGAAGCGACCCGCGAAGCUACGAAAUAUUCCGUCCGCUUUCCAAUUUCGUCUCGGUGGUGCCAAAGGCAUGGUCGUCCAAGAUCCGACCAUCGAAGGCAAGCUUGUCCACCUUCGUCCGUCGCAGAUCAAGUUUGAUGCACCGGAAAAUUUGACUUUUGAUGUCCAAUCGACAUCAUCAAGACCGAAAGCGAUGUUCCUCAAUCGUCCGCUCAUCGUACUUAUGGAAUUCUUGGGAGUAGAUACCCGUCGGAUCAUUGAGCUGCAGGACGAUGCGAUCGCCAAAGCUCAGUCCGUCCGAUCAUCGUCCCUCGAUGCUUCGAAAGUUAUACAGCAACACGGACUGGGAGCAUCUUUCCAUCUACCAUCUCUCUUCAAAAACUUGUCGUCCAUUUUGCAGCUGGAUGUUGGAAAUAUUGAGGAAGAGGCGUCUCAGUCACGAUGGACCAGCGAGCUCAUAGAAAGCUCCCUGCACUGCGCCGAGACGCACAUCCUGCGGGAGCUGAAAUACCGUGCUCAUAUCGGAGUGCCGGGUUCGUAUACAUUGCUUGGCGGAGAAGUAUACGCAGCUGUGUUCGAUGAAAGGACGGGAUUGAAUAAGCAAAUUACGGGCCAGGUCGCCGUAACGCGCAGCCCGCAGAUUCAUCCAGGCGACCUGCAAGUUGUUACGGCUGUACACCGUCCAGAGUUGGCGCACCUGAGGAAUGUUGUCGUAUUUUCAUGCGAGGGUCAGCGAGCGCUUUCAUCAUGUCUGGGUGGGGGUGAUCUUGAUGGCGACGACUUCAACCUAAUCCUUGAUCCGAAGCUGCUGCCAACACAUUCCAGCGGUCCCGGAGAAUACCAGCCGCUGCCCAUCAAAACGACACCAAACACAUGUGACAUCUCCGACAUCGUAGAUUUCGUAUUUGACUACAUUGAGGCGGACCUCGUCGGUCUCAUUGCCAUACAGCAUCUCAGGUUUUCUGACCUGAAUGAUCCAGGUUGCGCGGAAUGCUUGGAACUCGCGAAAUUAGCCUCACAUGCAGUUGAUUUUCCGAAGAGCGGAACUCCUGUCAACUUCAGUCAACUACCGAAGUUGAGGAAACAGCCAAAGCCUGAUUUCCUUGCCAAAGAAGGUGCUGAUCUCAACAGCGACCAGUACUACAACAGCAAGAAGCUACUUGGUCAGCUCUACCGUCGGGUACCAGUAAAGGAGAAGUGGAUACCCCAAGAUUGGAACGAGGACUACUCUCCAUCUGACGGUGUCACUGUAGAGGACGCGCUCUCUCGCGUGGGCCUCCGUAAUCUUGGCCUUUCAGGAUUGUCCGAUCCAAGUGAACAGUUAACCGAGGAGAUGAAAUAUUUACUCGAUGCAUAUUGCGAUCAGCUGAUGGUGAUCGGGCAGUCGCACACGAUUUUGAAAAACAAGAAUAGCCACAUCUCGGAGGCGGAAUUGGUGAGCGGGACCAUCAUGGCUAAUUGGUCCGACCAUCAUCGUCGGCGAGAUGCGGUCACUGCGAUGAACUUGCAGACGCGUGAGCUCGUCCGUGCGGUCAGGGCAGAGCUCCUGGCUAAGGACUUGGUGAUGUCCGAGACAGAGACUUACUAUGAAGAUGAGGAUGAGGAUUACGAUGAUUGGACCUUCCGCGAAGAGUUCGAUGAUACGGAACAGCGCAGUAUGGGAGAAACGUUCAAGCGCUCUUGGGCAGCGUGGUGUGUCGCAGAAGAUACGCUUCAAGAAGAACCGAGAAUGUUUGGAGCUCAGAGCUUUGCUUUAAUCGCUUUGGGCAGGAUGCUCGAGAUUGUGAAGGCGUCUUAUAUCAUGUAAAGGAUCGAGUACCAGAAGCUGACCUUGAUACCCAACUAUAAACGAAUGGUAUGUACACUCGGAAUUGUAUACCAUAGGAACUCAUGUAUAUGACUUGAAUUGAAAAGUGUAGUUUGUACCACGGAAUGUAACGGACCACACCAUUGCCUCAUCCUAGAAUGAUCUUCAGACUUGAACGGUCUGAAAUUCUUGUUGAGUAGGUCGCAAAGGUUCUCUGCAUGCGCGUA